UUAAUCCCUGCUGACUUACUCUCGAUUACUCAAACAUCAAAGUUUCAAACAAACUGACUCUCUCUCUCUCUCUCUCUCUCUCUCACAUUCACCCUACCUACAGUAGUACAUCUCUUCUCAAUUGCAAUCUCUCUCUCUGAAAAGACAGCUACCUUUCUUAGCUAGGUUGCACAAAACUCAGCACACCCACACUUCUCUCUCUCUCUCUUGCUAACUUUCAGCUAGCUGACAGACUUUCUCAAACUCAAAGCAUAUACAUCUAUCUCUGUGUGUGUACAAUAUGGCUCGGAAGAACGAAGGAUCUAGUAGUAGUAAAAAUGUCUUUAACAAAGGGGCGUGGACAGCUGAGGAAGAUCAAAAACUAGCCCAGUAUAUAGAAAUCCAUGGUGCAAAGAAGUGGAAAACAGUAGCAAUUAAAUCAGGCUUGAACAGAUGCGGGAAGAGUUGUAGAUUGAGGUGGUUGAAUUAUCUGAGACCAAACAUCAAGAGAGGCAACAUAUCUGAUGCAGAAGAGGACUUGAUACUUAGGCUUCAUAAGCUACUUGGGAACAGGUGGUCAUUGAUUGCUGGGAGACUUCCAGGACGAACUGAUAAUGAAAUCAAGAAUUACUGGAAUUCACAUUUGAGCAAGAAAAUGAAACAUAAAGAAAAAACAGCAGCAACUUCAACGGCACAAGAGACUACGCCUCAAAAAACUGUGGCCAUCCACGAGGCCGACAAAGAAGGCAUUGAUGGAAGCGGAUACAUGGAUCCUAGCUUCAAUGCAAAUGAAUUCUUUGAUUUCUCGAGUGAAGGCACCUACGGGUUAGAGUGGGUGAAUAAAUUUCUUGAACUCGAUGAGGAUCCAUGGCUUUCAGAUAAAAAAAAUGGAGGUCUGGAUAAUAUAUAGUAAAGUUUCUGCCGUUGAAUUUUUUUUAAUUGGUGCAGAAUUUUAACA